AACUUUUCUAUUAUUUUCUGAUUUUCAUCAUAUUUCAUCAAAAUGAUAAAAUUCUAAAUUCUUGCAUUAACAAUUACAGUGGAAUUCGAUUAUAACGACAUGGUAUCUAUGCGAACCAACAAAAAUCGUGGUUAAAACCAAAUUGUCGUUACAACCGAAUUAACUUUCAACCAAUUCUACUAUAUUUGAAUGUGUGUUACAUUGCCGACACAUAUAAGUGAUCUUUUUAGCUCCAUCUAUUUAUUAAAGCAAAAUGUUUAAUUCAUUUUUCUGACAUUAGACUUGGUGACAGCUUGAGAUCGAUUAUUCCUUAUCUUUUGUUUUACCUGUCCAAUUUGUCUGUAUUUAUACAUACCUUUGCUUAAAUAGAUUUAGUUCUCUAUAUCAUUCCUUUUCCUGCACGCAUCCGAUCCUUUGAAUUAAAAAAAAAUGGCUUCUCCCGUUUUUAUAACAAACGAUCAAGUUAAAAGUGUUUUAACUUGGCCAUUGAUCAAUGAAUCAAUCGAAGAAGCAUUUAAAUCAGUUGUAAGCAAAGACAAAUCUUCCGAAAAUCAAGAUCAACCUUAUGCUCAGCAAAAUGCUAGAGCUCGAACAUCAACACACAAUAACGGUGCAUCUUUGUUUACUAUGCCAGGAUAUAUUGGCAAUCAUAAAGUAACUCUAGAAACAGGUGAUCGUAAAACAUUCCAAACUUUAGCAUGUAAAUUGGUCACAAUGGCACCGAAUAAUAAUCAACUCAAACCACCAAUUCCAAGCAUACUUGCUAAUAUUUUGCUUUUUGAUGGUCAAACUGGACAGUUAGAGUGUGUUAUGGACGGAACACUCAUAACUGCCUGGAGAACAGCUUCAGCUUCUGUUGUAGCCACAAAGUAUUUGUAUUUUGGAAGAAAAAAUGUUAAUCCUUCUGACGGAGUAACCUUGGCGCUAAUUGGUUGUGGAGUUCAAGGUGAAAGUCAUGCUUUAGGAAUGUGUACAGAGUUUAAAGUCAAUGAGAUUCGUCUAUGGAAUCGAACAGCUAGCAAAGCUGUCGAAUUGUCUGCUCAAUUGGAUACGGCAAGGAAGACUUUUGUUAAUCCAAAUCCCAUAGUGACAGUAUGUCCAACAAUUGGUGAAUGUGUUUCAGAUGCUGAUAUUGUAGUCACUUCUACACAAACAGAUGAACCUCUAUUACACUUGGAAAUGCUUAAAAAAGAUGUACACAUCAAUGCCGUUGGAGCAAGUGUCAAGCAUUACAGUGAACUUGGUCAAAACAUUUAUGAUGUUGCUCCUGUGUACAUUGACUCUUGGGCUGGAGCAAAAGCAGAACUAGCUGAUUUGAAAACCAAAAUUGUUUGCGAGGUGGGUGAAGUUAUACUUGGUGGUGGCAAGUGUACAGAGGAAGGGAUUUCAGUAUUUCAGUCAUUAGGAAUGGCUGUGGAAGACGCUGCUGUGGCUCAAGCUGUUUAUCAGAACCUUAAAAAGAAAUAAGGAAACUAAAAUUAUUUUUGUAUUUAUCAUAAUUUCAAUUCAAUUCUAAAAAUUAAACUUUUUUUUACUGGAA